AUGCAUAACCUUGCCCACACUUUUCAUCCGAUCGUGACACCCUAUCACCUUCGAGACGUAUGGACAUCACAGGGGAACGUACCUCCUUAUCCAAGCAACUGGCCCGAAUCGAGAACAUGGAAUUACUGGGCAGCAAGAGUUCCACGGCGUGUGGUCCCCAUCAACCUUCCGACAGAUACAGUGCCGGAACUCAUGGGUUUCGUGAAGCGGUCUCCUACUGAUCUCAUAGAUGUCGAAGCGUUAUUCUCCCGAGACCGUCGACCCAGUCCAAAAUACUCUGAUCAACUCAAUCACUGCCUGAUGCUUGCUUUGAACAUGGAUCCGCUCCAGCGCGUGCGCGCUGGAGAGUUAUUCAUCGUUAUUCUCGAAAAGCAUACGAAUCUCCUCAUCGAAACAAGACCACCGCAGUAUACAGAACACCUCAGAGACCUCGUAGCUCGCUGA